UUAUCCCUCAUUUACAAUCCCAAACACCCGUCAACUCCCCACCUCCCUCCUUCUUCCUUCUGCUCCAUUAAACCUGCAAAAAAAAAGUCGUUAUCGAAAGAACCUAAUCGAAGCAAAAGGAGACAAGGUCAUACUUUAAAGUCGAAAUGGUGUACGUAAUGUGGCAGAUCAGACCAAAAAAUGAAGUUGUCGACGUAUCAUCCUUAUAUGCGGGUGCACCCACAUGGUUUAGUAUUAAGCUUCAUCAUGGUGGGAAGUUUACUAAGUUACCUGACAUAAAGUAUACUGGAGGUUACCCAGACCCACGGAUGAUUGAAUUGAGUGUUGAAUCCCCAGUGAUAUACUACCAUUUCAGGAUACCCAAUGGUGACUUUCAAUUUGGUCUUAGAGCUUUAGGGAAUGAUCAGGAUGUUAUCAAUCUUUCUAAAUUUAUUCAAAAUAACAAGUUGAUUGAAGUGUACACAGAACAUGGGAAGACAAAUCUACUCACAUACUUCAUGUCUCCAAAUGCAAAGGGUAAAGUUGUCAUUGAGGAAUUACCAGAAAAUGAUGAUCAAGGGGCUAAAUAUGAGGCUGAAGUUCAUGUAGAAUCUCCAUUGAGAAAUAUGAACCAUGUCAAUGAUGAACCAAUUGGUGAGUACAUGUCUUUGAUUCUUUUUGGGAGUAAAACUGAUGCAUUCUCUCCAGAGUAUAGAAGGGGUAGAGUUGGGAAUUCAAAAAGAGAGGAAGGUUCUUGUAGCAAGAGGCUUAAUUUAGAGGAUAUUGAUGAUUUAAAAGAGAAGGAAAACACUAAUGAGGAUGAGAUGAUUGAUGGAUGCUACAACACCCCACCCAUUAAUGAUGAUGAACAAUAUAAUGAACUUUUUGACAACCUUAUGGAAAAUUUAAAUGGAAGUGAUGAGUAUGUUGAAGAGUAUGAAGGGGAUGUUGAAUCUGAAGAGAGUGAUGAAGAGUAUGAAAAGGAUGAAGGUGAUGAUCAUGAUGGGAAACAAUCAGAAAAUGAAGAUAAAGUGGAUGACAUAAUGGAUGAGGAGAACAAUAUAGAAGAUGUUGAUGUGGACAUGGCAGACUUCUUUGUAAAUGUUGAAAGUGAUGUUGAAGGAGCAUGUAUUAAUGAUGGUCAUGAACCUGAAGAUAUGGAAGUGAUCAACAAUGAGGAGUUCGAAUCAUUGGAUGAAGGAUCAGACCAAGACAGAGAAAGAAGAGCUCUCAUAAGAAAUUUGGGAAAAGAAAAAAGGUGCAACUUUGGGUCAGUACAUAUACAGUCAUUCUCAGUGGGGCAAAAGUUUAAAAGUAAAAAAGAAUUAAAGGAGUUAAUUGAUGUGCACGCACUAGAAACAAGAAGGAAUCUAUUCUUUAAAAAAAAUGACAGUCAAAGGCUUAGGGCACAGUGCAGAGGAGUUGUACCUGUCAUCAAUAAAGGUCAAGUGGGGACUAAACCUACCACUUCAAAAAGCAAGGGCAAAGAAGUAAAGACACAAAAAGAAACAUGUGGUUGGUAUAUACAUGCAUCUAGGUCAAACCCCGAAUCUGAUUGGUUUAUAAGGACCUUAAACCAAACUCAUACAUGCUUACAAACAAGAAAACUCAGAGCUUGUACUGCUUCUUUAAUCUGCAAGAAAAUCAUAGAUCAAGUUGAGGCAGAUCCGAAGAUUCCUUUGAGAGCCAUACAAGAUCACUUUCAAAAGACCUACCAGGUGGGUAUUUCAAUGGAUAAGGUGUUUAGGGCAAAAGAUAUGGCAAGAAAGCAUGUAACUGGGGACUACACAAAACAGUUUGAGUUGUUGAGGGACUAUGCUCUUGAACUUCAAGCUACAAACCCAGACACAACAGUCAAAAUAGAUGUGUGUCCUAAUGGCAACCCUGCAUCCCCAACAAGGCAGUUUAGAAGGAUUUAUGUAUGCUUGGGUCCACUGAAAAAAGGUUUCAAAGCAUGUCUUAGAGACUUAGUAGGUUUGGAUGGUGCCUUCAUGAAAGGCCCAUUCCCUGGUCAGGUUCUUACAGCAGUUGGUCUAGAUUCCAACAAUGGAAUUUAUCCCUUAGCCUAUGCAAUUGUUGAGUCUGAAAACACAGCUAGCUGGAAGUGGUUUUUAGAAAACCUUGGGGAUGACUUGGAGCUUGGGAGCAACUCAAACUAUACUUUCAUAAGUGACAGGCAAAAGGGAUUACAAAUUGCAGUUGAUCAAUUGUUUCCCAAUGCUGAGCAUAGGUAUUGUAUUAGACAUAUUCAUGACAAUAUGAGAAAGAAGUGGGGGCAAACUGAGUACAGGGACCAUUUAUGGAGGUGUGCAUCAGCAACCACCAUUCCUGAGUUUGAACAUUUGAUGAAAGAGUUUAGUGAGUAUGAUAAGGAGGCAUGUCAAUGGUUGAAGCAAAUUCCUCCUGUACAUUGGGCAAGGAGUCAUUUCUCAGGAAGAGCUGUUUCUGAUGUGUUGAUUUCAAACAUGUGUGAAGUGUUUAAUGGGAAGAUAGAGAAAGGCAGGGACAAACCUGUAAUUUCAUGUUUAGAGUUCAUUAGGGAGUAUCUAAUGAAGAGGAUAUGCAAUGUCAUGAAGGCAAUGAAGAAGGCUAAAGGUCCACUAACACCUACAGCAACAGACAUCCUAGAUGCAAGGAAAAAAGUGCUUCACAAUAUAUUGCUAGGUGGAAUGGGGCAAACAAGUAUCAAGUCACUGCAGCAUUGCAAGAUCAACAUGUGGUGGAUGUUAGGAACCAAACCUGUACUUGCAGAAAGUGGGAAUUAA